UUUGGGGUUUGCCUUUAUGUAAUGUAAUUAGUUUUGUUAUUGCAGUAUUUUUUUUGAGACUAAAAGAAUUACGAAUUACAGAAAAAACCCACCUCAGAUUCGGUGUUGUUGCACGAGGAGCCAUGUCUUGUUCUAAAGGAAAUUCUUCCAAACUUACUAGAAACGUUUUAAUUAUGGUUAUUUUGGGUAAAUUCACGAAGGCCAUAUCGGGACGGGGACCAGGCUCAAGCACUAUGUGCGCGAUUAUACACGAAUUGUAUGAUGAGUGCAGAAAUAGUACUUUUAAUGAUUGCUGUGAUUUAUACUUCGAAGGCUAUGAAGAAUGCCGUGAUUUUAAGAGGGGAAAUAGUUCCAAACUUACUAGAAACGUUUUGAUUAUGGUUAUUUUGGGUAAAUUCACGACGGCCAUAUCGGGACGGGGACCAGGCUCAAGCACUAUGUGCGCGAUUAUACACGAAUUGUAUGAUGAGUGCAGAAAUAGUACUUACACUGACUACUGUGAUUUAUACUUCAAAGGCUAUGAAGAAUGCCGUGAUUUUAAGAGGGGAAAUAGUUCCAAACUUACUAGAAACGUUUUGAUUAUGGUUAUUUUGGGUAAAUUCACGACGGCCAUAUCGGGACGGGGACCAGGCUCAAGCACUAUGUGCGCGAUUAUACACGAAUUGUAUGAUGAGUGCAGAAAUAGUACUUACACUGACUACUGUGAUUUAUACUUCAAAGGCUAUGAAGAAUGCCGUGAUUUUAAGAGGGACCCAAAACAUCAACCCUUGGCUGAAUUACGGAAGGGGUGGGAGAAAUCUUUCAAUGAUCAAGGUUUUGCCGAUGUGCAGGAUAAUUUAUAAGUCAUACAAUGAGUGCACUAGCAAAGGUUAUGAUGAUUGUGAGAGAUACCGCGAGUACAAUUGUCCCCAAUUCAAAUAGCCUUUUAACUGUGGUACUGUUGUUCACUACAUGAAUUUUAGCAGAAGAUUGAAAUCUAUAAAUUAUGCCAUUGCUUAGAGAUUUUGUAAGCAAUUAUCUAGUUAGAACAAUGCUUCAUCUUCAGUUACUUUUUUGGUAAAAAAUUUGCUUGAACGUAUUUAUAAAUGUUUAGUCUUGCACUUCGCUGUUUAA